CCACACCAGCCAUAAGCAGUGAGUGAGUGCAUCGACAUUCGAUCAGCUCAGCUAUAUCCUGCAUCGAUCUGGUCAUGGCGGCAGCAAUGCUCCCGAGGCUCGUUGCCGUGGCGGCGCUGGUCGCGCUGAUGUGCGCCGUCGCUGUGGCCCAGAAGGUACCUGCCGUCGGCGGUGCGCCGGUGUGCAACCUUGUCGAUCAGAACGUCGUGAAUGCUUGCUUCGAGAGCUGUGGAAGAGGUAUGAAAAUUGCCACUGCCGACAGGAUUACUUCAGCGGGUAAAGUCAAGGUUCAAGUGGACUGCUGCGUAGCCUUUGGAGGCCACUCGUGCAUGUGCCAGAUGAAGAAGGCGUGGAAGGCUCAGGGCAAAAGUGCCCAGAAUAAUGUGGGGUGCGUCAGGGAAAAGGCCUGCUAGUGAGCACAUGCGGGAGGUCUCUUCGUGCAUGCAAGACCUCUAGUUCGUUUGAUAUGUGUGCUUCUUAGUUUCAAGCGGUCGAUGUCCACCUGCUCCUUUUGCUUUUAUUUGCUUGUUUGUGUUGUAUUUUUUUUCCUACGCAUGAGAGCAUUGAUCGGUCAGUUGACUCUUUUUAGUUUGUACCAAUCAGAAAUAAAUGUGGGUGGAAGUUCUUGUAUCA